UGCACUAGUCCUGAGAGCCACCAGCUCAGAGAAGUAGUGCAGCCACUCCACAAACAUCCAGUCCGACUCCUGCAGCUGCCGCAAACAUUACACUCAACCUGUUACCAAAGAUUUAUUCAAUCAGCGACGUAACACUGAGUGACCACUUCGCAUUUUUGUCUGUUUUAUUGUGAGAUCAGAUUGCAGCAGCUUGUUGCACCUGAGACUCCAAGCGGGCCACAGCAGAGGUAAUGAUGAGGAUGCAGCAGUACUCGCACAGCUUUCUGGCCCUUCUCCUUGUGGUCUUCGUCGCUGGGAUAGUUCUGUCCGGUCCCUCGACUCCCCGCAAGAGCAGAGUGCGACGUCAGAACAUGAAAGUUCGCAUUAGCGCCACAGAAGACACCAUCGUGAUGAAGUUUUUGCGUCCCAACGCUGACACCAAGCUUGAGGGCUACAUCCUGGGCUACGGCAGCGGCAUGUUCUCCAAACAGUUCAUUCAGUUACCUGAGAACGGGCAGCCGUACGAGACUGAGUUUGAUGCUGAGCCCAAGUACCUUAUCGCUGUCCAGCCCAUCCCGACCAAUGAGGUGAAAAAGCAGUGCACAGGUAAAGUGGAACUGGAGAAGCCACUACACUUAGUCAUUGGGUCGGUAACGCCCACUUCAGUGCUCCUAUCCUGGGGGACGCUGCUGAAAACCCCUUAUGAAGGCAACGUCAUGAAUGACUGUCUAGAGGAUGGACACUAUACAGUGCGUUAUCGUGAGAGGAACAGGAAGUGGAACUACCAGACCUGCCCAACUAGUGACACGGUCAUUGACAAUCUGAAGCCCAACACAGUCUAUGAGUUUGGUGUCCAGCCCAACUCUAAGGAUGCCAGUGGAGUGUGGAGCAAGCCAGUCAUUCACAACAUAAGCACAGGGGGGACGGAUGAGAAGGCCAUCAGGAAAAUCUUUAAACGGCCUGUCAAUCCUGUGAAACCUUUAACACCGGGUCCGCAUUCCUUCCCCUUAGCUACUCACCAUGUUGUCCAUAACAAGACGCAGGGCAGAGUGCCCGUCUCCUGGAAUAUAGCCUCAAAGACAACUCUUGCUCCAACCACAACUACUAGACAGGAAUCUCUGUCGACCCCUGGACCCACACUGCCUGUGGUCACCAAACAGCCACUCGACCACCCAGGAGGAGGAGACCUCUCCAGAUCUGUCUUGCCUCCUUUCCUGGAAGUCCCAUUAGUUCCCAAGCUCCGUCCUCCACUACACAUUACACCCACCAUGGCGUCUGUGCAAGUCCUCCAGACACAUGUUGAAAAAUAUGGAGGGCACCCUAUGAGUCAACCACAACAAAAGCCCCUCAUACAGCCUUUACCAAACCAGCAGCUCCAGCCACAGUAUAGACAAACACCACAACCAAAGCCCCAACCCCAACACCCUCAAGUAAAGCUCCAUGAAAAGGCUCAGCCUCAGCUAAAAUCCUAUUCCCAAACUCAGCCACAAUCACAACCCCGAUCGUCAUCCCAGCCCGUACCCCAGACACAACCACAACCUGAACCAAAAUCUCAGCCCAUAUCCAAGACCCAACCACAACCUGAACCAACAUCCGAGCCCGCACCCCAGACCCAACCACAACCACAACCCCAACCAACAUAUCAGCCAGUACCCGAGACCCAACCACAAACAAAAUCUCAGCCCAUACCCAAGGCCCAACCACAACCCCAACCAACAUCCCAGCUGGUACCUCGGACCGAACCACAACCAACACCUCAGCUCAUACCCCAGACCCAACCACAACCCCAACCAACAUCAACGCUCAUACCCCAGACUCAACCACAACAAAUAGCAAAGCUCAUACCCCAAACUCAACCACAAAGAUUAGCAAAGCUGAUACCCCAGACUCAACCUCAACCACAACCAAUAUCAAAGCUCCUACUCCAGACUCAACCUAAACCACUACCCCAACAAAAAUCCCACCCGGUACCCCAGGCCCAACCACAAACAGAACCAACAACUGAGCUCAUACCCCACACCCUACCACAACCAGAAGCAACAUCUCAGCUCAUACCCCAGACCCAACCACAACCCCAACAAACAUCAAAGCUCACACCACAGACUCAACCUCAACCACAAUCCCAACAAAAAUCCCAGACCCAACCUCAUCCACAACCCCAACCAACAUCUCAGCCCACAUCCCAGACCCAACUUCAACCACAACCCCAACCAACAUCACAGCCCAUACCCCAAACCCUAAGUCAAACCCAAAAACCACCCCAGCCGAAACUCCACACCCAGCCUCAAUCACAGUCUAAGCCAAAGCCAUAUUUCCAAACACAGCCUCAAACCACAACCCAGUUCCAGGUAGAUCCACAACCUCAACCCCACCCCAAAAACAGGGACCAGCAUCAAACACGACCUCAAAUAAAGACCAAAACUGAGCUUCAACCGCACGUUGAAUCCACUCCCCAGUUCACAUCUGUGUCACAUCCUCAUACACCUCAACAAACGACCCAGCACAUACCUCAUACCCAACGAGCAAUACCACAGAUUCACAUCCAGCCCCAACCUCAACCACAAUCUCAAUCUACAGCUCAGCCACAAACCCAAACACAGCUUCAACCCAAGACCAACCCACAGUCUCAGCUAAACACCAAGAAGCAGCCUAAGGCUCAACAAACAUCUGAACCAAAGAUCAAUUUUUUCAAACCCAAGCCCAAAACACAACCUCAACCAAAGAGCAAACCCAAGCCCCAACCACCAUCUUACCCAAAAAUGCAGCCAAAGCCUCAACUACCAUCUCAGCCAAAAAAACAGCCAAAGCCUCAAACCAGGGAUCAAAAACAAACUCAGCCAAAAAAACAACCACAGCCCCAAUCACAACCACUAACAAAGACCCAGACCCAGCCCAUACCUAAUACUCAACCGAUUCCCCAACUGCAUUCUCCACCAAAGACCCAGGGUCAGUCCCAAUCUGUACCUCUACCCAAGCCACACCCUGCAUCUAGGCCCAAACCACAACCUCAACCCGGGCUUUCGUUUCAGCCUAAGACCAAGACCUCCUCUGAUCCCACCAAGAUCACCCCAAGGCAGACAGUCCCUACUGCUCCUAGUCCACCAGAAGAGGGCAAGCCUCUACCAAGACCUGCCCUGGCUACAGAGAGAGCUGGUAGUUACAAUCAUGGUACUGGUGACCACACAUCAUCCAUUCCCGAAGUCCCUCGCUCUCCCAUUAGCUCAUCAGUUCCUCCAGCAGGAAGAAACAACACGCUGUCUCGCACCAGGGUUCCUACUCAUUCCUCUCGUACUGGUGUCAGACCAGUCUCUCCAUCCAAGACAUUCACCUCUUCUCACAGCUCCAGCACAACUGGGGGUAAUGGAGUACUCACUUCCCAUCCUCUCAUUCCCUCUUCCCAAGCAACUACCUCAGCAGCCGAUGGAGCGCAUCAUAGGGGCAAUGCUCUACCUAAACCUGUGGUGUGGUCCAAAGAAAACCCCGUCCUGCAUCCUCCUAUUCCUGUCAACAAGAGACCCAACCUGGUGGGGAAACCCAGUGACCAUGAUAAACCCAUGGACCUGAAACAAGGAGACGGGUCCAUCUUGAAGCCAUUCCCUCUGGUCACAUCCAAGCCCAAGCAAGAACGAAAACAGCAGAUAACCACCUCUGCCCCGGCACUGAACAUUUCCUUUUCAGGCAGCCGUUUUGAGAUAUAUGAAAACUCCUCCAUAUUCAGGCCCCUGCCUGCGUCAGAGGUAGACAUCAUGGGCAAAAAGCGCUUUAUAGCUCCCCAUGUCAUCUACAAGACGGAUAAGAAGCCAGAUGAGCCAUGCUCUAUCACCUCCUCCCUCGCUUAUUUCCCUGAUGAGGAGGAGGGCAGUGAUCAGAAUGUGACUGGCCCUCCCCGCAUACCACCCUCCAACCUCACCGUGGUUACUGUGGAAGGCUGCCCAUCUUUUGUCAUUCUUGACUGGCAGAAAACCGACAAUGAGACCAGAGAAUAUGAAGUUGUAUCCACCGCUAAAGGACCGAAUGGAGAGGAGGUGUCCAUACUGACGACCAACCAAACACACACAGCUGUGGAGAAUCUCAAACCGGAGAGCAGUUAUGAAUUCAAAGUUACACCAAAGAAUGAGCUGGGAACAGGACCGUCCAGUGAUCCUGUGUCUUUUAGCACAGAAUCAGCGGAUCCACGAGUGAGUGAAAAUGCUUCAGGCAAAGAUGCCAUCUGGACUCAAUUCCCAUUUAAAGCUGAUGCCCACUCUGAAUGCAACGGAAAGCAGUAUGUGAAGAGAACCUGGUACCGAAAGUUUGUAGGGAUCCAGCUCUGCAACUCGCUGAGAUACAAGAUCUACCUGAGUGACUCACUCAAUGGGAAGUUCUACAACAUUGGAGAUCAGACGGGGCACGGUGAGGACCAUUGUCAGUUUGUAGACUCCUUCCUGGAUGGGCGGACCGGCACCCAGAUGCUGGCUGACCAGCUACCAAGCAGGCCAGGAUUCUACAGAGCAAUGAGACAGGAGCCUGUCAACUUUGGAGAAAUUGGAGGAAAGUCACAUGUUACCUAUGUAGGCUGGUAUGAGUGUGGUACACCCAUACCUGGGAAGUGGUAAUAUCCCACAGAGCUGUCAAGGAAGAUGACUUGCUAGGUGGUGAGGAAGAAGACGCCUGUCUAGGCUUGAAGGGAGGUGGGCCUUUCUGUCAUGCUACCAUGAACAUUGUAGAUGGGUCUCUCUGUUUGAACUCAGCCUACUCUCCCAGGUGUAAACCUCUAUAAGACUAUUAGGUGUCGCAUAACUCUAUUGAGUGCAUUUGUAACAUUGGUCUCAAUUUCUCUAUUUAUCAAAAAUGUCACGAUGGACAAAAGAAUGCAGGAGUUUAAGUGAACCAAAAUGUUGAAUACACAGUAAUCGCAGAGAAAAUGUUGGGAAGCUGGCUCCCAAAGUGUAAUAAUGUGUAUGAUAUUAUUUAUCAAAGGUUUGUUAUUGAAUAUUCAGUGUGCUUGAGAUAAGAAAGUAAAAAUUGUUUCCAGUACUUGCAUGUCAGUGAGCACAUACAUUGGUCAUUUGUAUAAAGAAAGGUGCCAAUCAUACUUUCAUUGUACGUUUGGACUAUGUAAAAUACAAGUAAACACAGACAUGCAGAAUUGACCUUCUGCUGUCCCAAAGGGAUUACUAGCAGUUGCAGUUUGCACAGUAUUAAACUUUUGUUCAUAUAUGUAUAUGGUGUGAAAUACAGUAUGUAUACCAGUGAUCAGAUAGUUUGAUACAUUUCAGGUAAAAAAUAAGUUCAAGCCAAAUUGUGUGAUCUGUUGUAAGAAAACCAAAGUUUGAGCCCGGAGUUUAUGCGGGGCCACUUGGAAACAAAAGAAAGUUGUAUUUUUAAUUUCCAUGCAGUCCUAUAUUUUAUAAAAGAAUAAAAUAUAUAUAUAUUUGUAAAAAAUAGAAAGCUUCAAUGUGGAAAUGGCAUAAGCAAUUGACAUAAUUUAUGUUUUUGUGUUUAAGCUUUAAAUCAUUGGAGAGAAAUUGCCAGGGUUUUUCCACGUCAUGACUACAGUUGUUUUUGAUGCACCAUGUAUGUUUCCAGCAAUAAAUCUUGUUUUUAUAUUUACUGAUA